GUUGCACUGAAUUCGAGGAGAAUCAUCGCGGCAAACGAUACCUAAUAACUGUUUGCUUGUCAGUGUGCUGGCUGGCUGGUGCCUGGCUGCUGUCUGUAUUACAUUGCUCGGGGUGUUGAUGUGUUGGCGCACGAAUGAGCAUACGUUACCAGUAGGUUAUCUCCAUGGCGUGGUAUUGCUUACAAUAAUAUUGUAAUACUGGCAUCUUGCUAUUGUUGUAGUUGUUAUUAGCAUUGUAUGCAGUUGUUGCUUCCGCCACUCGGCGCCUCCAUCACCAAUAACCAAUAACACAACACAUACAAACAGCAACGUCAUCGUGGUAGUCAGCUCAGUUACAGGCCAUUAUUUGAUUUUGUUUGCUGACGGUUGCGACAACGACGAUUCGAGUGCUUCUCGCUGCCAGUAUCGCCGCGAUACGAAAAGCAAAACGAGUUUGGUGAAACGAGUCCGAUAAUUUACACGCAGGCGUCGCCGCAGCAGCUACGGCAACAACGGGAGUAACAGCAGCUGCCGUAUUGGCAGCAUCGGUAGCAAGAAGCAACACAACGGUAGCAGUGGCACCACCAGUGACAGUGGCUAUCACAAACGUAGAAGCGGUGGCAGUUAAUUGGCAUUCGCCUACUUGCAAAGCAUACCUACGCGUGGACGCGCAAUAACCCGUCGCCAAAGUAGCACCGAUCGGUUCGGUGUGCAGUGUAUAAACCGCGGCCGCAUCAAUGUCUUAUCCGGUUCCGAUUGCCUGAGAGAUCAUAGCUGUGUAUUAAUUCGCGACGCAGAAACGGUUCAGAUGAUAGCUUCAGCCUACAAGCAAUACUAGAAUAGCGGUACUGUGCUAUAAGGUGUGAUUUCGUGCUAUCGAACAGCAAAAGUGUUGGAAAUAAUUUCAGAUAAAUAAACAAAUUUUUAUACGUUCUAAACGUGCUUGUCACGAGUGCUGUGUGUUAAAAAUGAUAAAUUUUCUAAAUAUUCGUUAAACGAAAGUGUCCAUAAUAAAUGAAGUGUGGUGUCGAUUCAUCAGCUGGAAAUCGUCACAAUCGAUCCUACUAAUUUUUCAGUGUGUUCAAUAAAUCGAAUGCAAAGUUUGUGUGCUCUAAUUUACACAUGUUUGUGUAUAUUUUAAAUUUUACUUCAGACCGGUGUAAAAAAUCCAGAGCAUAGCAGAUUUGUAGUUGUUGUAAUAGUUUCUGUUACUUUUACCGCCGCUAAAAAUUGCGAAAAAUUCGUGGUCUGGAAUAGUAUGCAAAUUAGUUCACAGUGGAUUCAACGAAUAAAAUGGCCGUUGGACCGACGGAGGGCAAGCAACCUCCCUCAGAGACAUUCUCGCCCACACAUCAGAUUAUAGCACCGAGUCCCAUCCUGGCCGUGCCAACGCUCGCCUUCUCCGCCGCACAAGUGGAAAUCGUCUGCAAAACGCUGGAGGACUCGGGGGACAUAGAGCGUUUGGCUCGCUUCCUCUGGAGUCUACCGGUGGCCUUGCCGAAUAUGCAUGAAAUAUUGAAUUGUGAAGCCGUACUCAGGGCGCGAGCGGUUGUUGCUUAUCACGUCGGAAAUUUCAGGGAGCUUUAUGCAAUAAUAGAAAAUCAUAAAUUUACAAAAGCGUCUUAUGGCAAAUUACAAGCAAUGUGGCUCGAAGCCCACUACAUUGAGGCGGAAAAAUUACGCGGCCGAUCACUAGGUCCCGUGGAUAAAUAUCGAGUGCGAAAGAAGUUUCCUCUGCCACCCACGAUCUGGGAUGGUGAACAAAAGACACAUUGCUUUAAGGAGCGAACGAGAAGUUUGCUGCGUGAGUGGUACCUUCAGGAUCCGUAUCCGAAUCCGACAAAAAAACGUGAAUUAGCGAAAGCAACCGGCCUAAAUCCAACACAAGUGGGGAACUGGUUCAAAAAUCGGAGGCAGAGGGAUCGAGCGGCUGCUGCCAAAAAUAGAAUACAACAUAAUCAAAAUAACUCUGGACUCAUGUGCCGCAGCAGACGUCCGGAAGGAGCACCUUCCCCGAUUGCAUCAGAUACAUCGGACUCGGAUAUUUCAUUGGGCACCCAUUCACCUGUUCCUAGUAGUAUUCAACUACAACAUAGUCCCGGCUCCACUUCGAACGGUGCCAACGAUCGCGAAGAGAGCCUCAGUGUCGAUGACGAUAAGCCACGCGACUUAGCCACCUCCAUUGCGGCAAGUAAUUUGGUAGCAACAUCCACUUACGCCACAGCCGCACCAUUGUCCACCUGCUUGCCACCUUUCAAAUUGGACACUGCGACCAGCCUCUUCAAUGCCGGUUGUUAUUUACAGAGUUUUAGUAGCCUCAAAGAGAUGUCCCAGCAAUUCCCAAUUCAACCGAUCGUCAUAAGACCACAACCACAAUUGCCGGGGCAGGCGCAUGGCUUGAAUGGCAGUCACCUGCACACCGUCAUAAACUAUCCGCCACCAGGUUAUGCGGUGAAUUGCACUCCACCGAAAAUACGCGUCAAUUCUCCAGAAAAGCUCAAUUCGACAGCCAACAGCAUAGCGGCCACACUGAGCACGGUUGCGGCUCUGCAGGACACCUCUGCAUAUCAGCAUCAUCAUCAUCACAGCGCUCAGCUGUUGCACAGACCAUUCUCCACGUCACCGGAUUUGCCGCACAACAACCACAAUGCCGCACCGCCGGAGAUCACAUGAUACACCAGCCGUAGGCACCCGUACAAGCACUAAUACUGGAUACCGCUUUAAUUAAUAGAUCUCUCGCUUUCGCUCGCACAAGUUGGCAGAAAUUAAAUCGAGUGAAUGGAUCUGGAAUUGUAAAGAAUCUGUCAAUAACUUUUUAUCUUAAUCACAAUGAAUUAUAGUUUUGAGAAUUCAUAAGAUAAUAUUGAAUAUUUUAUCCCCCUUCUACCCUCUUUCAUUUUGUUAGACAUUGAUACGUAAACAAGGGAUCUAGUUUUCAUAUGCAUAUAUGUAAGUAAUUUCAUAGAUAAACUUUGGCGCUAACGUAUUUUCCAUUUUCUCUAAAAUUCCACUAAAUAUAUCAGUUUAUUAAAGCAUAACAUUAGUAUAACGUUAACUCUUAAACUGUUAGCAGAAUGUAUAGCUUCUAAAUAUUUAAGACGAGAACCUUAAUUUCCAUAAUGUUUUCGUAAUGUCAGAUGUAUUACAAGAAUUAAAGUUCCUGUGAAUUCAAUGGUUAUAUUUUCGGACUUCAAAUUGUAGUAAUUCACUUAGGUAAAUUCAGGUAAUAUUGAAGUUUCUACCUGAAUUGGUCAUACUCAUUAUCAGAAUAUUCAUAGGUUCUUCCUUUAAAUGUCCAAUCAAUUUUUACUUCAUAAUCGUCAAAAUGUGUACAUUUAAUAUCAUGGCUUUAAGUCUAAGGUAUUCUCCUCGCUAGAUCUCUAUUUAGUCAACCCCUAUCAUCGUCAUUUUAGAGUUUUCCGUCGCAUAUGUUACUAAUGAGAGUGCCGCUUGUGCUUUCUGCUUUACCUCAAGCAAUUUCGCCAAUUCAAUUGUGAUGAAAGAGACAGAGUAAAUCGGCAAUGGAUGUGGUGCAAAGAAUAUCAAAAAUAAUCGAAAACAACAGAGCAAUUAGUUUAAUUAAAAAAAAUGAACAAACUAACGUUGUUAGUAACUCAACGGCGGGUAGUAAACUACGCAAAAUCUGUAGAAUAUACCCAUAGAAGAAUAGAGAAAUUUAAGUAAUAUUUGUGUACCUUCCCGGUUGCAAACAUUUAAAAGACAAGAAUACAUACACACAUAUAAUUGAGUUUAAUUUUUACAAUUCACUGUACAGCAAACUUUCGUUUUCAUUCAAAUUCAAUAUGAGAAGGUAAAGAAACCUGAAAUGGAUUUUUGCAAAGUUGCGUUUGCAAUGUAAAUAAAUAUGUAAAUGACGGAGCUGGCAUUUCGUGAUCUAAUGAUUCCAAAAUAU